GAUCUCUUUGAAGUGUAAACUUUAGAUGAUGUUUGUAAUAUUUGGCCUUCUUUUGUGAUUGAUGGUUCCCUUCGUUGUAGGAAACAUGUCGUCUCGCAAAGGGUUAAACGGGGCGUGUUCUGUCUAUGAAUUCACCGGCCUUUUCAUUGGACAAAGCGUCCACUUCAAGAUGACGUCAGUAUGUGGUCAUGUGAUGACACUGGAUUUUAUAGGAAAAUACAACAACUGGGAUAAAGUUGACCCCGCAGAACUUUUUAGUAAAGCGCCAACCGAAAAGAAAGAAGCCAACCCAAAGCUAAACAUGGUCAAAUUCCUACAGGUGGAAGGGAGAGGUUGCGAUUACGUUGUUCUGUGGCUGGAUUGCGACAAGGAAGGAGAAAACAUAUGCUUUGAGGUCCUGGAUGCAACUCUCCCCGUGAUGAAUAAACCUCGUGGGGGCGAGAAGACGAUCUACCGAGCCAAAUUCAGCUCCAUCACCGACACGGAUAUCUGCAACGCCAUGAACCAAUUGGGUGAACCCAACCACAAUGAAGCUCUGUCGGUGGACGCACGACAAGAGUUAGAUUUGAGGAUCGGCUGUGCCUUUACGAGGUUCCUAACCUGAUUUCUUAUCUUGGCUUAUUUUUUUUCCUGGGCCAUUUGUGGAGAACUGGUUUGGCCAUUCCAUGCCCCUCUUUAAUUGCACUACAUAGAAUAGAAGGUAGGAUAACAG